UCUGCUAUAAAAACCUACAGAUAAACGUGUAGUGUCAUUGUCAAGAAAUACGGGAAUGAAAACAAGACAGGAGUUCGUAACAACGCGAGCUAAAUCCACGAGAAAGCAGCUGAAACUACCCCGGUUCGUACUGUUCGGCCUCUGCCUGCUCAGUUGAGAUGGCUGUCCGGCAUGGGCUGUAGACUGCUGCGGUGGGACUGAAGAGGAUGGGCUCAGUGUCCCAGCGCCUGAGGAGAUGUCUCUGGGUCGGCUCCUACGGCGUGCUUCCUCCAAGGCGUCCGACCUCCUGACCUUUAAUCCCGGGGCAGGGGGCUCAUCUUUACGCUCAGGCCUGGACGGCGAGAUCAUCUUCUCCAAAAAUAACGUCUGUGUCCACCCUGCAGAGCCCCUGCCUGGCCUGGCUGAGCACCAUCCAGGUUACCUAUGUGUGCAUGUGGAGAAGGAUGAGAGCCUGGGUACUACUCUGAUUUUAACCUGGGUCCCUAAUUCCCGCAUCCAGAGGCAGGAUGAGGAGGCAUUGCGAUACAUCACUCCGGAAAGCUCCCCUGUACGCAGGAACGCCCGCCGCAGAGGCCGACGAACACACUCCCGUCCCCCAGCAGCUCAAGAGGAAGAUGAGGAUGAUGAAACUAACAUUACUAGUAGCACCUCUGCAGACAGCCACAGCUUGGUGGUCGAGGCCGGGACAGACCCCUCCUCACAUCAGCAACAGCUGCCCUCAGCUGGAGAGGAGGGCGACGAGGGUUCCUGCGAGCUGUCGGAUGAAGUGAGCCGGGACAGCACCAUGGGCUCAGACUCGGACACCUUCUCCUCCCCUUUCUGCUUGUCUCCUGUUAGUGAGGCGCUGUGUGAGAGCAGCGGCUCUGUCUUCCUGGACAGCGAAAGCAGAGAGCUGUGCGACGAGUCCAUGAACCAUUCAGUCAGUUCUGCAUCAAGUCUGGACAGCCACGCCCCCUCUGACAGCAGCGUCCACUCGCAGGGCAUGCGAUGGGAGGAGCAGCAAAAGUUGUUGGCUUUGGAGCAGCUAUGUGGAGUCUUCAGGGUGGACCUGGGUCACAUGAGGUCACUGAGACUUUUCUUCAGCGAUGAGGCGUGCACUAGUGGGCAGCUGGUGAUAGCUAGCAGAGAAAGCCAGUAUAAGAUCCUCCACUUCCAUCAUGCUGGUUUGGACAAGCUAGCGGAGGUCUUCCAGCAGUGGAAAUGCUGCAGAGAAACGCAGCCUAAAGACCAGGUUUCCGAUGAAAAGUCAUGCAUGCAGUUCUCCAUCCAAAGGCCCACUCUACCAUCAGCCGAGACCCACCCAGAGGAAAGGCUCUAUCGACGGCUGGAUGUCACCACCUGGCUACGUCACCUUAACCACAAUGGACAGGUGGAGGAGGAAUACAAGCUGCGCAAGGCCAUCUUUUUUGGCGGUAUCGACCCAUCCAUCCGUGGUGAGGUGUGGCCCUUCCUGCUUCACUACUACAGCUACGACUCCACCUCUCAGGAAAGGGAAGCCUGGCGGCUACAGAAGCGAACUCACUAUCAUGACAUCCAGCAGAGGAGAUUGUCCAUGAGCCCAGAGGAGCACAGUGAAUUCUGGAGGAAGGUCCAGUUCACAGUGGAUAAAGAUGUGGUCAGAACGGAUCGCAGCAACCACUUCUUUAGAGGAGAGAAUAAUCCAAAUGUAGAGAUCAUGAGGCGAGUUCUGCUCAACUAUGCAGUGUUUAAUCCUGACAUGGGUUACUGCCAGGGCAUGUCUGACCUGGUGGCCCCUCUGCUCACCGAGAUCCAGGAUGAAAGUGACACCUUCUGGUGCUUUGUCGGCCUCAUGGAGAACACCAUCUUCAUCAGCUCCCCGCGGGAUGAAGACAUGGAGAGGCAGCUGAUGUACCUGCGGGAGCUUCUGCGUCUCAUGCUCCCACGCUUCCACCAGCACCUGACCAGACUCGGAGAGGAUGGCCUCCAGCUCCUCUUCUGCCACCGCUGGAUCCUGCUCUGCUUUAAGAGAGAGUUCCCUGACACAGAGGCCCUGCGCAUGUGGGAGGCCUGCUGGGCACACUACCAGACAGACUACUUCCACCUGUUUCUCUGCGUGGCCAUCAUUGUUCUCUAUGGGGAGGACGUUUCAGAGCAGCAGCUCGCUACUGACCAAAUGUUGCUCCAUUUCAGCAAUCUGUCCAUGCACAUGAAUGGAGAACUGGUGCUACGCAAGGCCCGCAGCCUUCUCUACCAGUUCCGCCUUCUUCCCAGGAUCCCAUGCAGCCUCCAUGACCUUUGUAAAUUGUGCGGCCCAGGAAUGUGGGACAGUCGAUACAUCCCCACUGUAGAGUGUUCAGGUGAACACCCAGAGUCCCAGAGCUGCCCCUAUGGAGGCACAUCCACCUCACAGCCCUCUUCUCCCUCCCCAUCGUCAUCACCAAACCCCACUCCAACACCUCCACUGGACGGCAAAAGAGGCUCCAAAAAGCGGGACAUUUUCACCUUCAGGAAGCAUUACUGAGGUGGAAGCUUGUGCUUGUUUUGGCUCAUGCAAGAGCUGCCAAAUGUUUGGAUCUCCAAACUGCCCCUGGACCCAUCUCUCCUCUUUCCUAUUUUUUUCUUUUUUUGUUAAUGAGGAUUUUUGUCACUUGAUCUUUUCAUGUGAUGCAAUGAUGAACACUGCCUUACAAAAAUGUUGUUUUUGAUGUUCAGUAUCAUGUGAAUCUGCAAUGAGGACAGUUGGCUAUCAAACAGAUCAGAAGUCAAGUAGCUGCUUUCUUCUGGUAGCAGAAUGGACAAUCACCAGCCGCUGUGUUGGUCUUGAGCUAGUUCAGGUUCUGCUGCUGGCUUGGCAUUCUUCCAUGGGCUUUGUAAGCAGGGGAGGUCACAUCAGGGUCUCAGGCAACUGGGCUAAAUUCUUGCAGACUCUGAAGGGUCAAAAGGAACUGGAGAUUCAUUCACAGGAAUUUUCUAAAUGUUCCUGUGUUCUCACAAAGGAGUAUUUGUGCGAAUAUCAAGUUAUAUGUGCGUAUCUCAAGUCUGAGCAGGACAUGAAAUCCAAAUCUUUGGUGUUAACAAAGAAGAAUUGGAUUAAAUUAGUUUUUGGUUGGUUUUCUUUUAAGUUUUCAUCAAGUGAAUGUUUGCGUUUGUAUCAGCAGUUACAAAUAUUUAGCAAUAUUCUAGCCUUGCAUGAGCAAUUCUUUACAUAUAGUGGGGACAACACAUUUGUUGUUGGAAAGUACUUCAGCCCAAAACAGAAGUAAGACUGUGUUUAUGGUGCAAACACUCUGUGAUAGGGCUGCUCAUAUUUCCUCACAGGAUGACGGUAUGGAACGUCCUGAGUUUUUUCCUGAUGAGAAGAAGGAAUGAAACUGUCAAAAAUCUGAUACACAUGAUUAUGUUACCAUUUGCACAUUAGUAUUGUAAAAUAUGAAAUGCCUGUGGUAUCAUAUGGAUGUGCCAUCAGUGUUGCCAAAGACAACAAAGAUCAUGGUUUCAUCAAUGCAGAGAAAUGAAUGGCUCUCUUUUGUACCUUCAAUUUUGUCCUAUGUUGAACCAGGAUUGUGAGCAUUUGUCAUCAGUUUUGUUAUUCUUUACACUUUCACUUUAAGUGGAUGACAACACACUCAAAACUAAGAAUCAGUCCACAUGAAUGUAUCUGUUUUUUGCCUCUUUUCACUCAACAUCAACACUAUGAAAACCUUGGAUGUGUAAAUGUUUAAACUGGAGUAGUCGCUAAACACCUGGUAAGCUUUUGAAGGCUACAUGCAGAUAUCUUAAGAAGAAUCUGGGAGGGAAAAUAGAGAAACUAGCCAUACAUUAUACCUCUGUAUGUUGGCUGCAGGGUAUACUGUAAAGUGAUGUUGCCCCAGGUGUUAAGAUGGUCUCCACUCAAGACUCCACCCCGGAAAGCUUUUAAAUGACGCCCUCAGGAUUGUAACAUCUGCAAAAAAUGCUGCUAAAAUGUAACAUUGAUUCUUUUGGUCUGCUUUCCAGCAGUUUCUGCAAAAGACAUCCAUGUGAGUUAAGUCAAGAGGUGCAUCCGGUGAUAUGAAGGUUGCAGUAAAAUGAGCUAAGUUAGAAACACGUGAUGGAAAAUGAUUCAUUGUAUGUGAGUGACUUUGAUCUCAUGGAUUUAUUAACAUUAAAUUCACAUUGUUUACACAAACAAGUCACACCUUUUUAAAGGGGUUGUUGUAAAUUGUGAUCACGAAUGUAUAAUGUUGCUGUUGAAUAUGUUGAUGUAUUACUGUAAACUUCACAGCAAAACGAGCCUAUUCUUAUCAUUGAUAUUAAUAAAAACGAGUAAUAAACUACA